AUGUCGUCGGGACCUAUGCAUAUUCUCGCGGGUGACAUCGGCGGAACCAACACAAGGCUCGUGCUGUAUGCAGUGGCGGACGCGACCUCGUCGCCGCAACGAGGGCAGUCUCCGCCUGGCGAACAGGUCUACCUCAGCAAGUACGCCAACGAGGACCAUACCUCGUUUGUCGACGUGGUGCGCAAGUUUAUGGCUGCCGCCGAGGUUGACCCAAGCUCGGUGGCGGUGGCAGCGCUGGCGGUGGCCGGGCCGGUCGACGACGGCCGGGCCGUGCUCUCCAAUCUCGAGUCGUGGUGCUUUGCCGAGGAUGUGCUCGAGACUGAGCUGGGCAUCGCCAAAGUGCUGCUUGCUAACGACUUUCUGGCGCUCGGCUACGGCCUGCUCACGCUCGGUGACAGUGACCUGCUGACGUUGCAGGACGUGGCGCCGCGCCCGGGCGCGCCCAUCGCGUGCGUCGGCGCCGGCACCGGCCUCGGCGAGUGCUUUCUGGCGGCGGCGGGCCCCGACGCAGACUAUGUCGCCUUUCCGUCCGAGGGCGGGCACGCCGAGUUUGCGCCGCGCAAUGAGCUCGAGCUCGAGAUGCUGGCGUUUCUCAAGGACCGCUUCUCGGAGAAGAACCGCAUCUCGGUCGAACGCGUGGUCUCGGGCCCGGGCCUCGCCAACAUCUACGACUUUCUCCGGGCCAAGUUUCCGCACGCGGUGUGCGACGCGGCCGACGCGCGGAUUCUUGCCGCCGACGCCCAGCGCGGUGCGCUUAUUGCCGAGGCCGCCGCCGAGGGCGACGAGCUCUGCUCACGGGCGCUAGACAUCCUGUUCUCGGCCUACGGCUCCGAGGUCGGCGUUGCCGCCCUCAAGUGGCUCCCGUACGGCGGCCUGUACGUUGCCGGCGGCCUUGCGCCCAAGAACAUCAACCGCAUUCGCGGCGAGACCGAGUUCCCGUCUACGUUGUCAUGA